UCUGCGCUGGACAUUGAUUGAAUUGAACCGCAGAUCGGGAAGUCCAGGUCGGACUUUGCCGACCCUUCGAAGGUUCAUCCUCCACCUCCACCUCCACCUCCAACGAUGGCUUACUCGAAGGCGUUGCGACCCAUUGACAACAACUUUAUUCUCAGAUUUCUUGUGCACAUAUAUCGCCUCUUCGUAUUGUUCUGAAACAGCGUGUGGGAUAUCGUCAUCCCAACACCAGCCAGUAAGCCUGGACUGUACUCCUGCUUUUAUAUAAAACUGCAAACCUAGUGGGCUCAUACUCACUGAAACGAGUCACUGUAUGGCAUAAUAUUGUCCGGCUCGAGGAAUCGAGUACAGCGGCUGGUUGCGAGCCAUCCGAAAGUGUAGGGAUCUGCAUGUCGUACAGUCCGGAUGCGAGGGCGAUACCGAGAGGUGUCGCGUUCAUAUCCCUCUUGUCUCAUAGAGAUCUAUCCUUGCAUAUACCCAUCAACUACGUCACCGUACCAGGCGUCUCGUUAACUGCAGCAUGCUUUUCUAACAAGCAAUACGAAGAUGCUGCAGCCGCAAGAUGCCUGUCAAACCUACUUGCGAUCGGCUUCCGUAGACUGGAGGUCGAUGUAUAUUGGGACUACACCCGGCGAACGUGGAGCCUCUGUCCCGUCCAACUUGGUGAUGCUACUGCCCUUGCCAACACCACAGUGCUCGUGGCGUCAACUACUUCGCGGACGGGCGCCGCGACUCUUGCGAGCGGACAGCUCACUGGAAGAGACAUAUCGAGCGCAACCGCAGCACUUCCGCUAUCUUCCAACGUUAGUGGCGGUAGCGGUAGCCCAGAGAUUGCUUCUGAAAGCUUGCCCUCUAUCACUGCGACAAGCACCCUAGAUGCAACGGGCUCGUUACGGUCAACGCCCACCGGUACUCCGUCGGGUAGACCCGCCGUCUCUGGCUCACCAGGUGUUUUGAUACAGGCCGGUCAGUUCGCAUGUACAGAGACGGUCAACUUCGAGAUGGUCACAACAAUUCUCUCGAUGUAUCUCCAAAAUACGGAAAACAACUUGAAUGCUACGACUCGAUACAUCAUCCUAAACCUUCAUCGGGCCAGCCCAGCGCCUACCUUUAAUAAUAGUGCGGAGCAACUACCUUCGUCCGCCCUGCCUCAAGCGAACAAUCUCCUGAGUUCAGCCUUACUCGUCAACAAUUCGGUGUAUCUCUAUACGCCCACCGAGCUGCUCGCCGAUCGCGCGAACCUAAAUGCUGCUACUAGCUGGUUAGGAGUCAGCCGUACCUUUUGGCCAGAUACUACAUAUUUUCGAACUGUCGAAGCCGACGGCCACAACACGUCGCCGGACGGCUGGCCGAGUGAGGGCUUCGUGGAGUUGCAAAGGGCUGAGCGCCUGCUGGUUGGCUUCGGAAGCGUCGACCCUCGGAUGGAUGGGUACAACUUCUCGGGUGACGCUGCGUAUAUAUUUCCAGCCGGGUACCUGGAGUCACCGAGGAAUGUUGUAAGGAGCAGCAAUACAAUUACGGGUGGCUGCCUCGUCCAGACCAACGUGAACACGCUCGGCACGGUCAACAGCUCCUGGGCGACGGCGGAACUCGACUCGGUCGCACAGCAGAAUGUCAACACUCAAGCAACCAACUUGGUCAACUGCGGUAUAUCGCCAAUGCUCAACGAGAGCCUUGGUAACGCUUCAGCAGCGGACAAUAUCGCAGCCUAUCAGUCGUGGGUCACAAGCGCACAGUGGGCAUGGGCUUCUGGCGAGCCUCGUAAUGUGGGAAACAAUACGAACCUGCGAUGUGCGGGUCUCAACUCAACAGCCGGCCGCUUCCAAGUCGCCGACUGCACACAAUCCUACUAUGGCGCCUGCAGAGUUGCAUCGGAACCCUACCAAUGGCAGAUGACUAACAUGAAGGGACGUUACCAGGCGGUGGAUGAUGCGUGUCCGUCGAACACGUCCUUUGCGGUCCCGAGAACAGCACUAGAGAACAGCUAUCUCUUAGCCACCUGGAGGAACUACCUGUCGACGCAAUCGAGUCAAGACGGGAGUACAGGCUCGCAAGACACGUUGCUGUGGCUCAACUUCAAUGACCUUGAGUCAAAUGGGUGCUGGGUCAUAGGCCAGAACACAUCCUGCCCGUACAGUCCUUCACAAAUGAGCGACGGUGACCGUACGAUCACUGUUCCCACCGUGGCAGCAGUGAUAGUUUUCGUGCUGGCAGCACUGACAGUAUUCGUGAAGUGCGCGUCCAACAGACAGACUUCACGGCGGAGAAGAAGGAGAGGCGAUGACGGCUGGGAGUAUGAGGGCGUACCAUCGUAG